AUGGCAUUUGCGUGGAAAGCCUCAGGUCUCACCUACAACAAGUACUUGUCCGUCGCCGCACGAACUGUUCGAAGAAGUUUGAAGGAUGACAAACGAUUGGCCGCUGAGCGCAGAGGAGAGAUGGAGUUGAGAUUCGCCAAGUGGAACAACGGCAAGCAAGGCGAAGUGAAGAACGUUGCGGAGGCUAAUGCAGCAUCAAUGGCAGAGGCUACUUCAUCUUCUUAA